UUUUUUUUUUUUUUUUUUACACUUGUGGCAGAAGUGCGGAUGUGAGUUGCAUGUUGAUACGGAACAGGCCGCCACUUUUCGGUUUGUUUCACAGCGAUGUGUGCGUAGGCGAUGCUCAUUCUGCGGAGCGAUGAAUCCCGAGGAGCAGACGGUAACGUGGUUGAUCUCACUGGGGGUGCUCAGCUCGCCGAAAAAGAACAUCGCGGACCCGGAGGAGUUUCUGAAAGCCUCGCUGAAGGAUGGGGUCGUCCUGUGCAAGCUGGCGGAGCGGCUCGUACCUGGCUUCACACCCAAGUAUAACCAGGAUCCGAGGGCUGAAGCCGACUGCGUUUCCAACAUAAGGGAGUUUUUAAGAGGAUGCUCGUCCUUGAAAGUGGAGGGGUUUGAACCUGAGUGGUUAUACACCGGGGAGAAUUUUGGCAAAGUACUGACCACUUUGCUGGCAGUCAACUUUGCCACACAAGACUGUGCUGCUGAGAGGUCAUGUUCGCAGUCCGGUGCCCACUCUCCUAGUCAGUCGACGUCUUCCCACACACUCUCCUCGGCCAAACCCAAAGGCUCUCUGCGUAGACAAUCCAAAUCAGUGGAGAUGUCUGAGAACGCUGGAGGUGGGCAGCAGAUGGUGAAGGCUCGCUUCAACUUCAAGCAGAACAAUGAGGACGAGCUGUCAUUCAAUAAAGGAGACAUGAUCCUGGUGACGCGGCAGGAAGAGGGUGGAUGGUGGGAGGGCAGUCUCAACAGCAAGACGGGCUGGUUCCCCAGUAACUACGUCCGGGAGAUCAAACCCUGCGAGAAGCCAGUGUCUCCUAAAGGAAAUCAGCUGACUAAGAACUACUACAGUGUGGUGGUACAAGACAUCUUGGAACAUGAGCGAGAGUUUGUCAAAGAAUUGCAAACAGUGCUGAGUUGCUACCUCCGGCCCUUGCAAGCCAACGACAAGCUGAGCAGUGCGGACAGCGCCACCUUGUGUGGAAACCUGGAGGAGAUCCUGACCUUCCAGCAGGGACUGUGUGUGGCUUUGGAGGACUGUACCAAAGUCCCAGAGGGCCAGCAGCGAGUGGCCGGCUGCUAUUUAAACCUGAUGAGUCAGAUCAAGACUCUGUACCUGGCGUACUGCUCCAGCCACCCGUCAGCCGUCUGCAUCCUCACUGACCACAGCGAGGAACUAGACAAGUUCAUGGAGAGCCAGGGAGCCAGUGCUCCAGGGAUCCUUACCCUGACCUCCAGUCUCAGUAAGCCCUUCAUGAGGCUCGACAAGUACCCGACACUGCUGCAGGAGCUGGAGAGACAUGUGGAGGAAUCCCACCCAGAUUACACCGACAUUGUAAAGGCAACAGCAGUAUUUAGGGGCCUAGUGACGCAGUGCCAGGAUCUACGGAAGCGCAAGAACCUGGAGCUGCAGAUCCUAUCAGAACCAGUGCGGGGCUGGGAGGGAGACGCCAUGAAGAGCCUGGGUCACGUAGCCUACAUGUCCCAGGUCCAUUUGAGGAAUGGGUCCAGUGAGGAAAAAGAGGAGCGCUAUUUAAUGCUCUUCCCUAACAUGUUGGUAAUGCUUUCAGCAAGUCCCCGGAUGAGUGGCUUUAUUUAUCAGGGAAGGCUGCCACUCACGGGCACCACGGUGACGAGACAAGCCGAGGACGCAGACAGUGCCCACUAUGCCUUUGACAUCACAGGAAGCAUGAUUGAGCGUAUUACGGUGCUCUGCAGUAGUUCCCAAGAGUUGCAGGAGUGGCUUGAGCACCUUCAGCCCUUUACCAAAGGAGGAAGCCCUGCAGGCACCAUUUUAAAGACUGUAGAAGGAAAGCCACUGAGCAUGGUCGGCACCCCCACUCACCUGUCCCACCUGGGCAGCCUCAGCGCCAUCAGCCGUGGCCCCCUGGAACCGCCAAAGAUCAGCAAACCCUGGUCUCUCAGCUGCCUUCGCCCCGCGCCUCCCCUCAAACCCUCCGCCGCACUGGGCUACAAAGAGAGGAUGUCUUAUAUCAUGAAGGACUCCAGUAAGAGCCCGCGGCCCAUGAAGAAGUUUCUGCCAGGCAACAGGAAGAAAGAGCGGAAGCCCUCCGAUGACGAGGUUCAAAUAAGGAAAAGCACGGCCGCUCUGGAGGAGGACGCUCAGAUACUGAGGGUGAUCGAGGCGUACUGCACAGGAGCCAGCCUGCACCAGGCCAGCACAGCAGUGCGGAAAGAGUGUAUCCCUCAGGUGCUUCUGCCGGAGGAAGAGAAGAUCAUUGUGGAGGAGAUGAAGAGCAACGGGCAGACAGUAAUAGAGGAAAAGAGCCUGGUUGAUGCUGUGUACGCGCUAAAGGACGAGGUUCAUGAACUGAAAAAGGAGAAUAAGUGGAUGAAGCAGUUUCUGGAGGAGGAGCAGAAGUCUCGCAAAGAGCUGGAGAGAGUGGUCCGAAAACUGGCCAAGCAGAAGAAUGAUUGUGCUUGGGAUGACGGCGGCCACUGAGCUCAUCCCACGAUCAUACUCCUCCUCAUGUGCUUUUGUGUGUGUGUGUGUGUGUGUGUGUGUGUGUGUGUGUGUGUGUGUGUGUGUGUGUGUGUGUGUGUGUGUGUGUGUGUGUGUGUGUGUGUGUGUGUGUGUGUGUGUGUGUGUGUGUGUGUGUGUGUGUGUGAGAGAGAGUGUGUGAGUUUGUGUGUGUGUCUGUCUGUCUGUCUGUCUGUCUGUCUGUGUUGCGUCUCCAUAUUUCAAUCACACACAGCAGAGAUGGGACUCCCUCCCCACCAUGACAAUUAGAGAUUCUUCGCUUCACGUGCUGGAGCUUAGUCGGACAUUGUGAUGAAAUCUGUCUUCCUCAUCCAGCCUCACCAGAUGAGACUACAAGUUUGCUUCCUCCCGAAGCAGCUCAGCUAAACCAAGACUGGUAAAAUGGGAUGUUUUCAAACAUACUGCCUCUCCGCUACUGGCACUGUGAACCAGCGUAUAGGACAUUAUCUUUGGACAAGGACAAAACCAGUUCUCUGCAGCUUCUUUUGCUUCGGUUGGUCAUAGAGUACGAAGCCAUCAAAGUCCAAUCUUUGUUCUCUUGCAUGCACUUCUGUUACCAAGGGGACUGAUUGUCUUCUUCUCUCAUCAUGAUGUUUUUGUCAGUCAUAUUUUAGUCGUCACAAAAGGACCGCCGGGUGGGAAAAGGAUUUAUUGAGCUUUCAUGAGUGUAUGUAAUAGGCUUUUGUUUUUGUUUUUUUUGUUUUUUACAUUUGAAACAUUCACAUUACAAGUUUCCAAUUUAUGUGGGUGUUAAAGCAAAUCCACCAGGUUUAUCCCAUUGUCUUAAAUUCAGUUGCAGCCCUUGACUGUUUAUUUAAAAACUGCAUGAAUGUACAGUGUUUCUACAGUACGGAUUCUGCAUCAGAAACUUGGUUACCGAGAUAUUCAGAUAUAUAGUUCAAAGCUAUCAGGGAUGCCGCUGCAUAAUAAAAUAGAAAAGACUUAACUAUGUAUCAUUUAUUAUACAAGAAAUAAUGACGAUCGCCCGUAUUCUUCUUACUAAAAUAUAUUCAAUCAUCAUUUUACUCCAUAAAUUAUAUAGCCUGGCUUUAUUUUGGAUUUUUUUUUUAAUACUCUUAAUUUAUUGGUCACCCAGGCAUUUAAUUGUGGUGUUUGCCUUAUAUAUUUAGUUUUGCUGCAUUUGACAUCUGUUUGGAUCUUUUUUUAUGAAUUGAUGUGUAAAGGCAGAAAAAUAUCCUUGUUUUGGCCAAGGGGAAACAGGCGUUUUUCAAAAAUUAGGUUCACCUGACAAUUUAGAGGUUUUUUUUGCAGCCUCCUGCAGAGCUAAUGGAGACAGACUGAGGAAAUAAACAGAGAGAGAGAUUUAUUUGAUGGUGUAGAGUAGAGCUGAACCGUUCAAUAAGUGCCUCCCAAAGGGGUCGAUAAACUUUAGAGUUUGAGACCAGACUGGGACUAAAUGAGUGAUUUAUUUUGAAAGUGUCAGAGAUGGAUUGUUGUAAUAUUUAAAUGAGAAUGGCUCGAGCUCUCAAUGGGUGUAAAUCGGGUCGGGAAAACCAACCGGGCUCUGCGUGCUAUUUAAGAUGCGGCCUCUUCUGCAAGGACCCACGACGGUACAUUUCCUGUUAUCUGUUCUCGCGGCGCUGCAGAGCAGCAGUGGACGCAAUUGAAAUGCAAUAAGUGACUGCUUUACUGAUUGACCUCUGGGAUAGUCCCGGCACAGUGGACCAGGUUUGGAGGAAUUGCGAUACUGAAUGAAUUAACCCAAUUUAUUAACCAAAAAGGGCCACGCCAGUUAGGUUGUUUAUAUAUGUGUCAUUGGCCUUUAUUUAAUCACAUCUCUUGGUAUGGAUGGUUGUUUAAAGAUCAAUGACCAGGUCCUAAAUUUCAUUAAAAAUGAUACAAAAUGCUAUAAUGUUGUCGUGUUGCACAAUCCCUGUUGGGAAUUGCUGUCUUUUGCAUGCACCUCUUUACAGGGAGGUCCGAGCACUGUGUCGGGUACAAGGCAGCUCUGGUACAUCUCCGGCGGAGUCGCCGACUUGCUCAAGGGCGUUCAAAGCAAGGUCAAUUCUCACGUGCGCUGGGAUCGAUGUUGAACCGCGGUUCCUUUUCAGACAUACAGUAAGCAGGGCAGAUUCUCUCCAGCGCUACACACACACACACAUCUGCUGCCUGAACAGAUGAGUGACUCUGUCUCAUCAUAUCUUUUUGCUGUUGAGAUUAACGUUGUUGCUCAGACUCUAGUUUGAAUUGUUUUCAUUAAUUCCCAGAAGCCUCAUUGAGCACUUACUGGUGGGAAAGGGGCUGAACUCCAGUUUCACCUUGUCCAUUUGAAAUCUCCAGACCACUGUGUAUUCUUUUGUUUGAAAGGUUCUAUGCAAUUAUUGUUGUUGCAAAGUAUUGUAAUGCUUUUUUUUUUCCAGACACUCUGUACUUUAUGUUUGGUAUGGUCAUCCUUUUAUUAAAAGUUUAAUAUAA